AUGGCCUAUGAGCCUCGUGGUGAUCAUGGUGGUGGCCAGGGCCAGGAUGGGGCAUUUGUCAAGGUCCGAGGCAGGCGACCUGUGACUGACUAUGGCGCCACUAUAACACAUUGGCAACAUGAUCGUGCCCCCAGCUAUAAGGGAGGAUAUACUGGCGAAGCUGAGCGACCUAGCGUUAGCUAUAUCGUUGAUAUGCUUCCCCCUGCAGCGCGUGUCACAAAAGCUGCCGACAGUAUCCCUAUCAAGCACCUUCACUCUUCUCUCAAUAAGAUUAAGCAUCCCAUCAACGUAGUGCGGUGGACACCAGAAGGUCGAAGAUUAUUAACAGCGUCGACCAGUGGCGAGUUCACACUAUGGAACGGAACAGGCUUCAAUUUCGAAACCAUUAUGCAGGCUCACGAUUCUGCCAUUCGUGCUUUGGAAUAUUCACAUAGUGACGACUGGCUUAUCUCGGCGGAUCACGAUGGAGUUAUCAAGUACUGGCAGCCAAACUUCAACAAUGUUCAGAGCAUCAACGCCCAUACUGACCCUAUUCGAGACCUUGCUUUUAGUCCAAGUGAUUCCAAGUUUGUCACCGCAAGCGACGAUUCGACCCUCAAGAUCUUUGACUUCGCUCUGGGACAAAUGGAAUCCAAGCUUGAAGGCCACGGAUGGGAUGCAAAAAGUGUGGAUUGGCAUCCUACCAAGGGACUACUCGUAUCUGGUUCCAAGGACCAUCUUGUCAAGCUUUGGGACCCUCGUACUAGCCGCUGUCUAACGACUCUACACGGUCACAAGAGUACUAUAACAAAAGUACUGUUUGAAAAGGUCCGUGGUGCUUGUCUCGCCACAUCUGCAAGAGACCAGACCGCUCGUGUUUUCGAUCUUCGCAUGAUGCGUGAUAUCUGCCUUCUCAAAGGCCACGAGAAGGAUAUUUCCACUCUCACAUGGCACCCUAUCCACCCUAAUCUUCUCAGUACUGGUGGUAUGGACGGCUCGCUAUUCCACUAUCUACUCGAUUCACCAAACCCGCCUCCUGGCCAAUCUUUCACUGUUGCUCCUUACGACAGCCCUGACCCGUCGUCAGUAGCCGCCCAGUCGGUAUGGCCAAUGCACAAGGUGCCCUUUGCUCAUGAUUAUGCUAUUUGGUCCCUCGACUGGCAUCCUCUCGGACACAUUCUGGCAUCAGGAUCCAAUGACCGAAUUACGCGUUUCUGGAGCCGUGCUAGACCUGGUGAUACAGAUGUUUUCCAGGAUCGCUACCAUAUCGGUGAAGCAGCGGCCGAGGCCCAAGGAACCUGGGACCGCCGUGGUAAUCGUCGGCAGCGCCAGGAGGAGGAACAACAAGAGAUGGAAGACGAGAUGGACGCUCUUGUUGAUCAAGACGCACCGAAAGCUGCUGUUCCUGGACUACCUGGUAUUCCUGGACUGCCUCUUGGUGGAGGCCUACCCGGCCUUGGCUCAAGUAUUCCACCUCCUCCCAUUCCUGGUGUCGGUGCUGGCUCAGGAGCUCCUCCACCGCCUCUACCAUUCCCCUUACCUGGACUCAAUGGCGGUCCGCCUCCGCCUCCCUUACCUGGACUGGAUCCCAAUAAUCCUCCAGAUCCAGCUCAACUCCUCGAGCUUAUGAAGAAGGCCGGCGUGCCUCUCCCGCCACCAGGAGCUCUACCACCAGGAGCCUUACCCCCUGGACUUAUCCCACCACCGGGCAGCAUGCCUCCUCCGCCCGGGAGCUUUGCCAUGCCGGUCCCACCACCUCCCAUGCCGGGAUUCGAUGCCGACAAGGCAGAUGCCCGACGGAGAGCUCCUCUUCCCAGUCAAGAGGAGAGUUUGCGCCACGAACAACGACAAGGGAAAUACACGAGAGCGAGAUAG